GCGUUCCACGUUUCUGCCUUAGUUUCGUGCCGAGGAUCACGCGGGAAUCACGCUCGGCGAGCGUCGUUAUGGCGAAAUCCGGAAGUCGCGGAGGGUUGUUCGCGAGUGAGCGCGAGAUCCGUGCGAUUCUGAGAGGCUCGUCGGGCCUCUAAGAGAUCGUCGAGGAAUCCGAAGAAUCCGACCAACGUCAGAUCGACCACGCUUCGAUAAAUAAUACAACCUUGUUUCCGCGAAAGAAAUCCCCGAGAUUUUCACGUCCACGUAUUUUCGCGGAGCCGCAAAUCCUCCAUUCUCCCCGAAUCCCGAUAUAAAUCAAUUAAUCCCCGCAAUUUCGCUUCACGAAGUUUUACCGCGUAAAGAGAUUUCCGGACAAAAUAUCGAAUCCGACAGUUCCACGUCAAAACAAAUUAAUUAGACGGGAUUACGGGACAGGAAAUCUAAUUAUCAGUAAUCGAAGCUAACUGACGAGGCUGAAGCGCGGUGUGUGUCACGCUCGUUGCGUAGAUGAGAGAAUGUAAUAAGAGGACAGCCGCGAUCUUUGUGAAAGAGGAAAGUAGAAAAUGCCGCGUGCGCGAGCGGAGGUGUUCGAUCCGAUAGAAGCGGAGAAACCGUCGAGAUGCAUCAGAUUCCUCCGGCUGCUUUGGAAAUUCAGCAGAUGCGUAUUCUCCCACGUCACGCUGAUCUCCUUGGUGGUUGCUUAUUGUGUAAUCGGCGCAUACGCCUUCGAAUUACUCGAGGCGAAGCACGAGAAACAGGUGAAGUUGAGCAUCAAGGAAAUACGGGGUAACGUCUCGGAGAAACUAUGGGAAAUCACGAAGGAUUUCGAAGUGUUGAUUCGCGAAAACUGGACGGACAAGGCGCUGACCCAGUUGAAGCAGUUCGAAGAGGAACUCCUGAAGAAAAUGACGAAGGAUGGUUGGGACGGCAGCGAGGAGGUGAAUAAUAUUCAGUGGACGUUCGCCGGUGCUCUGUUCUACUCUAUCAUCGUCAUCACGACGAUCGGUUACGGUCACAUCGCGCCGAAAACGAAGAACGGCAAGGUAGUGACUAUAUUUUACGCUAUCUUAGGCAUUCCGCUCAUGUUGCUCUGCCUGUCGAAUAUCGGAGACGUGAUGGCGUCGAGUUUUAGGUUUCUAUAUUGGAAAGUAUGCUGCUACAUAUGCACGAAACCACCGAAAAAGCGACGGAGCCGUAAUACCUUCGCCAGAUCCUACUCCGUUCGUCAACCAGGGCGAUAUGGCUCGAGCAAAGGCCCGUUCCGCCGGUCCAUCAGGGUGAGUCAACGAUCAGCGGACUCGGCCUUGGGGCUUUCCGAGAGUAUGACGAAGUCCUCGUACUCCGACACCGAUUGCAGGUACAUGCCGCGACGCUUCGAAGGAAAUGAGUUACGGGCGCCGACCGGUGCUGAAGCGCUUCCUACGAAUCGGCCAACGGAGGAAAGGGCGGCGACCAUGCCGCGUUAUUCGGACGUCCCGGUGGCCACACCGAGAAGCGUGAGAGCCAGUCCCAGGAUGACGACGCAGUCGUUGGACAGAAAAUUACUGAUGGGCCCGAGCGAGACGGACCGCUCGCAGGUUCUCUGCAACCGAUACGCGCUGGACGACCUGGAGGACGAGAUGCUGAGGUGGCAGCCGCCACCGCCUCGGAAUAGAGUCGGCAACUCGGAGAAGCCGCAGAGCAACGGAACGACCGACGAGCCGGAUAACGCCGAAAAGCAAACCCCCCUCAGUCCGAGAUCCUUGCCGAGGAGAUGCCUCUCCGUGGAGGGAGCCACGACGAAUAGCCAGAGAACGAGCUUGGCGUCGGGGCUGCGACCUGCUCAAGUUUAUUUGGAAAUGGAGCAUAUGGGAAGGUCGCAAUCCGCCAAGUCUAGACGCACGAGAAGCAAUUACUCCGUCGCGCGUUCUUAUAAGCGCGGGCCAUCGCCGAGGAUUAUGUCGCCGAUAGGAUUCACCGUGCUUCGACAAGUUUACGCGGACGAUAUUGAUUUUGACAACGAGUACUACGCCGCCGCGGAUGACCAGGAGAAACAGCCCACCAAGCCCGUGCCCAUCUGGCUGUGCGUCUUCCUGGUCGUCAGCUACAUAUUCGGCGGCGCUUAUCUCUUCAGCGAAUGGGAGAAGUGGCCGUUCCUCGACUCCGCUUACUUCUGCUUCAUCACGCUGACCACCAUCGGUUUCGGCGACUUUGUGCCGGCGUACAAGCUGGACGCGCACAAGGGCAUCGCCCUUUGUUCCCUCUACCUGCUAUUUGGAAUUGCUUUGCUGGCAAUGAGCUUUAAUCUGGUGCAAGAGGAGGUCAUCAACAACGUGAAGAGCGUCGCGAAGAGGCUGGGUAUCAUCAAAGAGACCGACGACGAGGAGGAAGCCGAGGAGUAUGACGAAUACGACGCCGAGUACGAGGAGGAGGUCUAUGAAAACGAGCCCGAUCUCUGCCGAGCCCGGCUCUGAACCCGCCCGGUUUUCAGCCUCGACCAUUCGACGAGAUCGGCGCGAAACGCCGUCCAUCCAUCGUUGUCGCGCGCACCGCGCGUAAUCCCGCGGGGAAUUCUCCGUUCACGUCUCGUAUAUACGACGUACAAGUCAGCGACUCGCGACGUAGCCAUAAGCAGACCUAAGCUCGCGCAAAUCGAAUUCCCGUUGAGGGCGAUAUAUUUCGGCUCCGGUUUGUUUUCUCGUAGCGCGCGCGCGCGCGCGAUCUGCCUCGGCGACAAAUCGGAACGAACGAACGAGCGAGCGAGCGUGCGAAAUCGAUCAUUUCAAUCUUAAUUUUAGCGUGUUAUUGCGGUCCUACAGCGAAGCUGGGAAGGCGGAGAUGGAACGAUCGAGAGCGUUUAGACGAAUCCCGACGAGAAAAUGAAUGGUUAUCGUAAGCUCAUUAAAACGGAUAUUAUUCGUUGAAUAAUCACGGUAAGCUCGUUCGAAAACAAUGACUAUGUUAGCAUUUUACCGGAUACGGUCCAAUUUAGCCCGCGGGACUCGAGUCUGUGUUUUUUCUUCAUCGAUUUCUUCGGGUGAUAUAUUAUUAUUUGAAUCCCUCCGGUCGGAAGAGAAUACUUGAAGAGGACCUGGACAUUUUUUUGGGGGAAUUUUCACGUCACCGUGAAUCUCGUUACUUAAGCGAUAUCGCAAUACGGGUUUAUCGUUAAUUAAUACACCGAUGAAACAAUGACGAGGCGAGAAACUGUGCAUUCAGUGAGCUUCACGAGCUCGGAAAAUACCGUUGCAUAAUGUUGCCGUAUAACGCCGUGUACAUAUACAUCUCAGAAUUAGAUUCUAUAAAAUGAAUGAGAGAAUAAUUGCGAAAUGCAAUUAAAUUUGCAUACACAUAGCAUAGCGGUGACUUUAAUAUUUAGCCGACAUUUGCAUUUUGAAUAUCUCCCCUUCAGGUUUCGUCCAGCGUGGUUGUUCGCGGUAAGUCUUAGUCAUUAGACACGGAAGGUAUACAUUAGAUAUAUAAAUAUAUUAAAUGUGCAAUUAGAUUUGAGUACUGGAACACUUAUUGUAUCAUUUGCCAGAUAUAUUAUAUUUAUACAUAAAUGUUGCGUAAUACCGUCA